CUCGUACGCUGUUGGCACGCUCGGACGUCACUUCCGGGCAGUGUUGCUUAUAAGAUGGCGGAGCAAUCCACGUGCGCGAGAGUUGAGCCAGCUGAAACAGAACGAACCCAUUCUUCUUGUGCAGAAACAAAAAAAAAAUCAGUUAAGAAGCCAACGGGGUGGAACUCCUUUAUGCAGUCAGUUGCGCCAGAUGUCAAGGAACAACUUGGAAAGGGGGCGGGAAUCGGGCAGGUUUCCAAAGUGGUUGGCAAUAUGUGGAAGAAAUUGCCGACAGACAGACGAAAGGACUGGAAAGAUAAAGCACAGAGCUUGAGGGAAGACCUUGAUAUGGGAAUAGCAGAGAUAAAAAAAUGUCCAACCUGCAGCACCCAGUUCACAAGGGAGAAGGACUUCAAAUACCACCAGAAAGGUUGUCAUGAGUGCAUUUGCGAGGAAUGCAAUGAAUCGUUUGACCAUGAGCAAAAGCUAAAGAGGCAUAAAGACAAGAAACAUAAAGACAGCAACAAGUGUGAUCAUUGUCAAAAGACUUUUGCAGAGAAACGAAAUCUUAUAAGACACCAAAAGUCACAUGCUUAAUUAACCUAUCCUGCAUUUAGUGAUUUUAACUGGAGAUGAUUUGAAAGGAAUAUUGGAUCAAUCUAUAAUACAUAAUUGUUUUUGUUUUUAAAUUAUUAUUAUCGAUUUUUGAAAUUAAUUGUGGUCAUUGCAGCACAUGUACAUCAUGUUACUGUUCAAACCAAAUUUUAAAUCAUUACAAUGUUGUGUUAGACUUUAACAAGAAAGAAUGAAUGAAAACUUAUUUACAAUUUCAAACCUUCAAUCUUUUCAAAGUUUUACGUUUGUACAGCUUAAUCUUCAGAUAGACCACCCCCCCCCCCACUUUUUGGGUGAAAUAACUGGAGGCCCAGGCCUUAAUUUACCUGAGUAUUAGUUAGCGCCCCAUGUGAAUCAAUGGCUGAAUUUUGCUUAUAAUUUUCCUCAAUCAGGAUAUCAGCAAACAAACCUUCAUACCCACAAGGUACUAUACGGUUGUAUGGCAUUGUACCAAUUAUCUGAACCCAUGGAAGAAUCCAUAAGUUCUGGCACAUGUACAUCAUGUUACUGUUCAAACCAAAUUUUAAAUCAUUACAAUGUUGUGUUAGACUUUAACAAGAAAGAAUGAAUGAAAACUUAUUUACAAUUUCAAACCUUCAAUCUUUUCAAAGUUUUACGUUUGUACAGCUUAAUCUUCAGAUAGACCACCCCCCCCC